CCAGGCAAAGAGAGAGGGAAAGUGGCGAGGAGCUCAGACUGGCCAAGCCCGUUCCGCCCUGGCCGUUGAUGAAAGCCCCCUGUUUGUAAAGCCCCCUCGGCGUGAGCAGCACGCACACACCCUCCAGAGUACGCGGGGACCUGCACCUCGGCGUGGCCACCAUGGUCGGCAGAGUUCAGCCUGAUCGGAAACAGUUGCCGCUGGUCCUACUGAGAUUGCUCUGCCUUCUUCCCACAGGACUGCCUGUUCGCAGCGUGGAUUUUAACCGAGGCACGGACAACAUCACCGUGAGGCAGGGGGACACGGCCAUCCUCAGGUGCGUUGUAGAAGACAAGAACUCAAAGGUGGCGUGGUUGAACCGUUCUGGCAUCAUUUUUGCUGGGCAUGACAAAUGGUCUCUGGACCCUCGGGUUGAGCUGGAGAAACGCCAUUCUCUGGAAUACAGCCUCCGAAUCCAGAAGGUGGAUGUCUAUGAUGAGGGCUCCUAUACUUGCUCGGUUCAGACACAGCAUGAGCCCAAGACCUCCCAAGUUUACUUGAUCGUGCAAGUUCCACCAAAGAUCUCCAACAUCUCUUCAGAUGUCACUGUGAAUGAGGGCAGCAAUGUAACCCUGGUCUGCAUGGCCAAUGGCCGUCCUGAACCUGUGAUCACCUGGAGACACCUUACACCAACUGGGAGAGAAUUUGAAGGAGAAGAAGAAUAUCUGGAGAUCCUCGGCAUCACCAGGGAGCAGUCAGGCAAAUAUGAGUGCAAAGCUGCCAAUGAAGUCUCUUCAGCAGAUGUCAAACAAGUCAAGGUCACUGUGAACUAUCCUCCCACUAUCACAGAAUCCAAGAGCAAUGAAGCCACCACAGGACGGAAAGCUUCACUCAAAUGCGAGGCCUCAGCAGUGCCUGCGCCUGACUUUGAGUGGUACCGGGAUGACACCAGGAUAAACAGUGCUAAUGGCCUUGAGAUUAAGAGCACGGAGGGCCAGUCCUCCCUGACGGUGACCAACGUCACUGAGGAGCACUAUGGCAACUAUACCUGCGUGGCUGCCAACAAUCUGGGGGUCACCAAUGCCAGCCUAGUCCUUUUCAAGCGUGUUUCACCCACAAUCCCCCAUCCCAUUCAAGAAAUUGGCACCACCGUGCACUUCAAGCAAAAAGGGCCUGGGUCGGUGAGAGGAAUAAAUGGAUCCAUCAGUCUGGCCGUACCACUGUGGCUGCUGGCAGCAUCUCUGCUCUGCCUUCUCAGCAAAUGUUAAUAGAAUAAAAAUUUUAAAAUAAUUUAAAAAACACACAAAAAUGCGUUACACAGGAUACAGAGAGAGAGAGAGAGAGAGAGAGAGCAAGAUGGGGGGAGACUGUUUAUUUCACAACUUUGUGUGUUUAUAAAUGGAGGGGGAAAUAAGAAAACGAAGAAGAAAAUACAUAAGUCCAUCAAUAAAAAUUUCAGUAAAUCAGGGUGGGAAAAGUUCUAUAAGGAUAUGUGUAUAUCGAUGCAAAUGUAUUCUAUACAAAGACCACAUCAUGCUAAGGACACCCGGAUGUUGUAAAAAUAAGACAAGUGAAGAAGUAUCAGAUGGAUGUUAACCACCCCCCCCACCACACACACACACACUUUAUCCUUCCUUCAUUCUUUUUCAUCUGUGGGGAAAGAAAAACUAAGGUCUUGCCUUUGGUGUCUAUAUUUCCAUCAUCUUUUUAUUCUGUUUUUCAUUUGAGCUGACUUGUAGCCAUUUCAGACUAUCAGUGGAAUCCAUGCUGGAAUCCGUGUUGAGCCUUUAUCUGGCUUUCUUGCCUCCACUAUCUCCCCAACUUUUAAGACCAUUUCCUCCCCCUUCAGUGUGUUCUAUCUCCUCCACAUCCAUCCCUGAUACUCCGUUUUAUUCCCUCCCCCGAACCCCCUGGCUGCUGCUUCUCUUCACAGCCCCCCCCCAGCACUAGUCAUGCCGCAAAUGCUAGGAAGUGCCAUUUUAAUUUUCUCCACUGUGCGUGCGUGCUCAAGCCUCUCGCUCUCACGUGGGUAUACAAGUAUGUGAGCGUGUGUGUCUCUCUCUAAAGCAUGCCAAGGGAAUGGUCCGUGUGUACAUAGACUCAUUGUGCUGUAGAUACUGUCCCGCAUUGUAAUUGUGAGACGCGGCUGUGACAAGUUGCUGGGGGACAUGGUGGAGAAGCAGGCAUGGAGCAGAGCCCCCCAGCACCCCUCCAUGGCUGUCACAUGACAUCAGUGUGUAUUCACACCAAGCUGUGCCCCUUUUAAGGGCAGAACCUCAUAUUCCUCCUAGUCUAAUCAUCAGAACCCAGUCGAGAGUCACUCAGAAUAUCACUGUAAAUGAAAGUGCCUACUAUUGAUGGGGUGAGCAAACAGUAGAAAGAAUCAGUGACGUCAAUGAGGUGACCUAGGAGAGAAGGUUUCUGAUUUCACUCUUGUUUCAGGAGUCUGAGGAAUUCAUAUAUUUCCUGGCUUUUUGCAGGCUUGGACCUGCUUUGCUGCAGGAGUGAGUAGCAUGUGUUGAGUAAAUCCCAAGAAGCAGAAAGGUCUCCAAGUGUUAACUCCCAAUGAAAGGAUGAUGAGCCACAUGGAGAUCCUAAGCAGCUCUGUUUUGCCCCCUCCCUGAGCUUCACCUAACACUGCAUUUGGCCCAUGGAUUCCCCUGAGCAGAGAUUGUUUCCUAUAUGGAGAGUGAGCAAGGCAUGAAAAGUAGACAGAUGCCCACAUCCCUACUCAUCUUGCGGAGAUGUGGGCAGAGCUCUGUACACAGCAUUGACCAUAACAAGAAAGAAUCCAUUCCUUGUGCUCCUUUGCAGAUGUUUGUCCUUAUGUUGCAAGCUAAUACUUUACUUGGUGGCUUGCACGAUCUCCCUUCUGCCCCACUGGUAAUGUUUGCAGUACCAUUGUUCAUACUGGUUCAUCAUUAUCCUAGGCCAGGCCACUGGGAUAUAUUCCACCUUCCCUGCUCACUUUUGGCUUCUAGUUCCUGAAAGAUACUAUGGGGGAUAUGAUGUCUGAGUUUACAUCAGCAAGAGUCAUCUGAAAUGUUAGUUCCUUAAUCAAAAGAUCUGGGAAACUUGUAAUAAUUUAGGCAGAAAUUGUAUGCAUACCACAACAUUUGGUAUCACUGCAGCACCAGGAUGUUCUUAGGAAAGGUUUGCAGAGAGAGCUGGCUGUAAAUAUCUUUGUCAGGAAACCAACCAUUGCUUUCGCUUAGACUAUAGGAGGCAUUGGAAGUGGCUCAACUUAUGAAAAGACAGAAGAUUAUUGCUGAGGUCAUAACUGAAUGUAUUUCAGAAAAGCCAAAUAUGGUACCUCACCUAGUUUUGGAACCUGAAAAAUAGCUGUCACAUGUUAUAAAACAGAAAACUUCCUAACUGCGAAUAGAAAAAGGAAGAGACAGAGAAAGGAAGGGAGGAAGGGAGAGGCAAAGAGAGGAGACAGGAAAGAGGGAAGGAAAGAAAGGGGAGGAUUUGAAAUUUCUGAUAGAAUUUAUUAAUUAAAGGCUCUUGGCAAUGAGCCUUGUCUUUGAAGGUAAUGAUCUCUUUGAUGAGCAACAUUUUAAAUCUGUUCUAGGGGAUUCUAUUGUUUGUUUUAGAAAGCUUAUUACCAGCCUUCUUUUGUGAUUUUGCCACUUAGACAUGAAACAGAAGGGCAAACAAAUUGGGCUUGAGGAUGGAUAAGAGUAUUUGUGGCAGAUCCUGGCAUAGGACAGAAAUUCUUAUCCAAGAAAGUAGCUACUAAAAUAUAGGGAAGGUGAGCCAUAUUCCUAUCCAGCAUCAAUUUAUUGACAAUCGGGGAUUUCUCUAACAUUUUGGUCUUAGUACAGGAAUAUAAGUUUAUCAUCCUUGAUGAUAAAUGUUCCCCAUAUAUUGAAGAGCCAGUCACAUCCCUAAGUGGAAGCUUAAGAGGAACUCACGCUAAUUUAAAGAUGUAUAAGAAAAGAAAAGUAGUAGGAGUUAGUUCAGUUUAGUAUCAGUUUCAGGAACAGAUCCUUGUGGCAUGUGACACAUUUUAAUCAUACACCUAGAUUUCUUAUUGUCUCCACCCUAUCAUAAGGACAAGGUCUUGGUUUUAUGGAAGGAGAUUCUCCACUGAAAGGAAUGUCUGCCUUGUCAGCACCAUUUGUUCCCUGAGUUUUAAUAUAAUGGAACAUAUAUUAAACAUAAUUAAACAUUUAUUGAAUAUUGUGGUGUUUGCAUAUAUCUCUGGCAGGAUCUGGGAAUUUAAAAACAUUUGUCCUGGCUCCUGUUUCAGAGCAA